AAAGGUAUUUUUAAACUACUUCCAGAAGCUACUUCGUGUAAAGAAAUUUAUGACAAGGAUAUGUAAGUAGAAUUGAUAUCCGAUUAUUUAUUAUCUAUUAUUAUUAAGUCCAUCACGUCACCGAAUAUAACCCAAUUUUCAAGCCACAUUCCAUACGCGAAGAAAGUCCGUCUAAAUUAAAUUCACUUUGGUGGAGUGUAUUACUAUCCUCACAGAAGUGAAAUAUAUCCUUUGCCCCCAGAAACCUGUUUAAUUCCAGGAUAAAUAACCAAGCCUUGUUGGUACAAAGGCUGUUGUUUAUAUUCUGCAGUUUUUUGACGUCGUCUUUUGCUGAAGGAUCAACUUUUCAUUUGCUUAUUUGUUGAAUCAUUAUUGUUAUUAUCACUCAGUAUCUUUCCCAUUAUCAUUUUCAUUGUCACCGUUGUAGCUAUGAUAACUAUUUUUAUAAGCUCAAGUUUUAUUUCACCAUCAUUGUUUUUAUUACUAGUUGUAUUCCUUUUUUUUCCUUUUUUUUUUUUUUUUUUUUCAUUUUGAUUCAAAAGAUCCAAUGUGAGUCGUGUGGUUACUCUUCUUGUUGACUCCCAACCGUUGUCCGUUUUUUGUCACAUGGGAAAGUUUGGGUGUGGAGAUGGAGGAUGGACGCCAGUCAUGAAAAUUGACGGCAGAGAGGUGCAUACUUUUAUUAAAUAAUUCAUCUGGUGCAUAAACUCGCUCUCUUUAAAAACUUAAGUUAAAAGUUAAAAAACGUGCCUGUUCCACAUGUAUGCCUUUUGUUUUUCAUCGAGAAGGUAAUGCACGAAGAACAGACGUUGUUCAAUGUAAAUUUUAAGACUUGUUGUGUGUAGUGACUGAAAAAGAAUGUCUUAUUUAUCUUAAAAUAUUUGUCUCUGGUGUCAUGUAACAGCUAAAUAAGAAAUAUAAACCUUCAAGAUCAUAAUUCGGUUAAAAGCAGAUAAAUUACAGGACGUCAACAGCAGAAAACCCCUAAAUUCGGAGAAAAAAAAAUUUAAAAAAUUAAUUGCUUCUCUAUUUCAGACCACCUUCUGUUAUCAUGCAGAUUAUUGGAGUAAUUACGAUGAAUUCAAUCCUGUCGGUGGAGAGACUGGGUUUGACGAACAAGAAUCAAAGCUACCCACCUACUGGAACACAUCCUUCUCUAAGAUCUGUCUUGGAAUGAAGAUCAACCAACAGCUCAGAUUUAUUGUUUUCAACAAGCUGGCUGACUCUCUUCACUCAAUAAUUGCUGAUGGCCAAUACCGAAACACGUUGCUGGGUCGUGACGAGUGGAAAAAGUUGAUUGGCAGCGACGCCUCUUUACAGCACAACUGCAACAAAGAAGGAUUCAAUGCCUUUAGUGGUCGAACUGAUCGUUCUAAAGUCAGAAUUGGCAUUAUUAGCGAUGGGCAGAACGACUGCCACACGUGCAACUCUUUGAUUGGAUUUGGUACAGGAAGUUACCCUCAUGACGCAAAAUCUUGUGGAAAUGAGGCAAUCGAAACAAAGUCAGAUAAUGGACGCAAGAGUAUCAAAGCCAUGGGGUACAUAUUGGUGCAAUAA